AUGGUGAAUAUUGCUGUACUACUGCUUGCCAUCGUUGUUUCAUCGGCUCAGGCUCUAUCAUUCUACAGUCGACAUCAUGCGAUAGAAUGUGGAUCACGAAUAAACGCAGAGGGUAGCUAUCGUUUACCCAAACAUGAAAUGUGCACUUUAACUGUGGAUGUGCCUGAGAAACACGCCGUACAAAUCACAGUAUCCGGCAAAGAAUUCAAAUGCCGGCAUCAUGCAAGUGAUCUGAUGAUAGUAUCAUCUGAGACGAAAACACCAGUUUUUCCAUGUUUCGAUCGAGCAGGUGGAGCUGUGUUUGUUGGAGGAGACAGAGAGUACAUGAUCAACGUAAGGGAACUUCCCGCUGGUACACACAUUGGGGUGUCUUACUACAGUACACAUUUCGAGUGCGGAGAUGCAGUGCCAUUUGAUGUUGUGGGCAUUCCAUUGACGAUGUCAUACAAGAGCGCGGAAAGGUCUUGUUCACUGAUUUUGCCAGGUAGAGCGCAAGCUGCUGUGGAAAGUGUCGAAGGCUCUGGAGUGUGCAUUCAAAUCAAACAAGGGCUUCGAAUGGGUGAUUUCCCCUUGCAUAGCAAGAAGGUCUGUCAGAAAGAAAAAGGGGUAAUAUCAAGAAAGAUUACCUUUUCUGAAGUUCAUUGCCCAACAAACACGAGAAAAGCGAGUGCGCCCGCGGCGCGCGAGCCGAAGCCAGUCAUCUCACGCAGAGAAUGUAUACUGCUGCGUGCCGAUAUUGAAAGAGAGGACGGACGACAAGAGGGAUGA